UUGCACCCUAACCCACUUGAGGAUAUCAACCUUACCUUCUGGAGUUUCGUAGCUUUCAGCUUGCAAUUCCCAUCCGUCGACGUGCAACGGGCGACAAAUCCACGAGUAUGCUUGUUUCGUUAUUCUUGUAAACCGCCCGUGCAAUAUUGCUCCCCGUUAUUCUCUCAAAUUGAGAUUGUUCCUAGCUUUUGUUUUGUUCUUCUUUGGUUCCGGGAUCUGCACCGACCAAGCGAUCGAGCUGUGCUACGAGUACCAAGCACCAAAACAAGCGCGACCGCCGGGCUUCUACAUUUCAUACUAACAAAACUAAGCCCCGCAUACCGAUGCAAGAUUUCAGAAAGCCUUUUGUCUAAGUGUCCAUACGAAACCAGUUUUCUACUGGCUCUCCAGGAAUUUGGGACAUCAUCAAUCGUUAUUGAAUGGACGCGUCCUAGCAUCAAUUGUGCCACGAUUUGACUGCCGCAUUUUCUUUUCACGAACCCAGCUUCUCAGGCUCCAGCGCAAUGCCUGAAGCGUGGCUGGACUCGCUCUCGGAGGAUUGGGUAUCUCAACCUCCAUCCGAAGGCUCGUCGCAACUACCUGCUACCGCCCCGACACAUGCGCCCAGCUUACCGCGACCAAGGCCUGCUGCCAGCCGUCUUCCUCGUGCGAAUAACAUCAACAACAAACUUGGCGGUGGCAAGAAGCUCCUCGCCGGAUCAUUAGCUGCCAAUAGUAGUGGCAUACUCAGCGAACGAAGUAUCAGUGAUCGUAACAUUCCCGAAUCUUUGCGCGGAGUGCCCGCGAGGCCUUCGCCUGGAGACAUAUCCACCGGUACCCAAGCGAAGAAAUAUCUCAGCAGGAGAUCCGUAUCAAGCUCCUCUUUCGGGGGCUCUGUCAUCCAUAAUACGGUUGAUCACAAACCAGCAUCGUCCGGAUCGCCUGGCAAACAUAAUGCCGAAACCCCUGAGUGGAAGCGAAGGCUGGUGCAAGGCGACCUUGGCUACGGUGAGCAGCGCGAUCUCUUCACAUCCGCAGCUACUGGUCUCGAAAACAUUUUCAACCCUCCGCCUUCCGUGACGAUACAGCCCGCUGCCAUUGCCGAAGCAGACGAGGAUGAGGAGAAUGAGGAGGCAGGGAAGGCACCUGAGGAACAGGCCGAGUCGGCGGAUCAAACACCAAACUUCGACACCACAGUCCCGUCGAGUCCGCCAGGUUAUCGCGACAACUCGACGGCCGAGGUUCAUGUCAACGAAUCAUUGAGCCAGUUAUUACCAGGGGAGCAGCCAGAGAAGCGCCCCAGAAAGACGGUAUAUCGGCAAACUGACGUGACGACUCCCGAAGACAGCGCGUUGGACCAGUCGGCUGCAGAAUCGGACCAAGACAGGAGGUCUCGAGCACACGCGCUGACUGACAUCUCCGGCAUCGCAGAGUCAAGUAGUUUGCUCUCUGCCGAUUCCUUCAGUCAAGCACCCAGCACUCACGCUCAAGCUGAGGCCAGGAAGUUCAGCAAAGCCAGCACCGGCAGUGUACUGCGGAACGAGACCUUCAGCCCAAUAUUACUCCGUAAUCACAAUGGUGAGGAUGGCAAGCCAAACUAUGCGCCCAUGGAUCUUCCUCCAAAUGAACUCAAAAAACGGCUCGAUCAGUUGCGCAUGAACCAGGUCAUCGUGACUGAUCCCCGAAACAUGAGCGAUGCCGAGGCUGCAACCCGGGGUCAGUCUGCCAUUAGCAUUGAGAACACAGAUGACUAUGAGAAGGCCGGUGGCUUCAUUAACUUCCGCAGAGGCGGUCGUUCCGCUGAUGGGUCGUUCCGUAACCGAGCCCUGAGCCCCGAGCUUGUUGGCUCCAACACAUCCGAAAUGUUUCCAGAGGAGUCUCUUCAGGCUAGUACCCCGAAACAGUUCCCUGGGAGCGUUCGGACUGACUAUUCAACAUACCACAACGUGACACCCCCCGCCUUGAAGGCACCGCAUCCAAGUCCCGAGAAAGAGGCAGCCCCGCGGGCUCGCGGCAGCUCUGGGAGCCCUCUCAAACUUUUUGGGCCAUACGAUACUUUCACAAAUCAGACCUUGAUGAGACGAAUUAGCCAAUUCGAAGAUCAGAUGACAGACCGGUCUCGAUCGUCUGGAUCUGCCAGCGUUCGUGAGGACUUUGAGGACACCUCAAGGAGCCCCAACUUUCCUGAGACAGGGCCCGCUAAAACCAAGGAGAAGUCCAGGAAUCGAGACUCGUCAGCAUUCUUUGGUGAGGGCGAUUUGGACGGGUAUGAAUUUCAGGAAAAAUUUGAGUACCAGGGUACACGCGUUGCAACUUUCGGUGGACGAGUCAACUUGGGGCAAGAAUUCAAUGCAAACGACUCCUCCAAGCUCAGGGCGCAAUUUGACCGGAGCCAUGAUUCCUCGCCGGCGGCUAUGGACGACCUUGUCAUUAACCGGCAACGAACAAAGUCUGCUGGUGCACACUCGACAGCAGAGGCAGGGCAGAGGCACGCCACUCCAAGUAGCCGUCCUAAUAAAGCUCGUGUCCCCGAAACGCCGAAUCAUCGCGAUACGGGUUCCGAUAGCAAGCGCCCGAGAGCAUCACCCACGAAAGACCCAACCCCAAAAAGGAGGCGAACACUUCACAAAUCAGACAUCUCGUAUGUUGCAGAGCUAACCGAGCAUGCCGCCGACGCCGUCCAAUCAAGCCAUUACACCAUGCAGUCCGCCAUCAGCAGAAACCAAACAAGCUACCAUGAAGGUCUGGCCGAGGAUAUUUCCUACCCCAAUGUUCUGACAAACCGCAACGUCCCCAGGCCCCGCACCCCUACCCCUAGUCAGAGGUCUGUGGUGCUGAAGGACCGCAAUGCCUUUGUGCAAGAUGUGACAGACGAUUCCGCAAUGGAAGACUUGAUGUUGAGUUCUCGGGGUUCUGUAGUGCGGCAAAGUCCCUUGCGACCCGGAGACCAGCCGCAAGAAGCCGACCGUAAGCCAUCGAUUAAGACUGAGGACUUUUUGCACGAGGCCAACAAGAUAAUGGCCAUCAUUCGUGGUGGAACAACUACACGCAGCGGUCUGAACAGCGUCGAAGAGUCCGAACUAGAAAACAGGGACAACCAGGGAGUUCUGGAGGAUUCUUUUGAAGAGUCAACCCGAGAGCCAUUCUCCCGACCGCCAAGCAGAGAGGGUGCUGCCCCACUGAGUCGUGCUAAUACGAGACAAGAGGACCCAGAGAUUCUGGAGCGACUUAAAAAAUACGAAGAGCGAAGCGACAUUGGCGAUAUCAUAGGCUCCUCGGUGCGAUCCCUGGGCCUUGCCCAAGAUGUCAUUCGCACUCUGAAGGAGGCCGAACAGCAGAUGCAGGACAGCGUCGCGCAGAGCGCUGCUGCGCGACGCGGUUCUGAAGACUCGGAACAAAUCAUAUCUGACCUAUCCAAUGUCAGGAUCAGUCGUGCUCCUAGCAUGAACCAUAUGGAGGAGACUUAUGGUACCAACCGAUCCGCCGAAGGGUUUGGGACUCAGCGAACCACGUCUUCAGCCGGACACUCUACCGGCAGGUCUAUUCCCACUGGUUCAUCUCGUGGGUCCGACAUCAGAAAGACGAUCGCCCCACAGACGGUCUCUCACUUGAUUCCGGACCAAGUUGGGAAUAUGGUCCUUGAUAGAGAACGCAACGUGUGGACCAAGCACAAGAUCGAAAAGUCGGCUCAGACUCAACCCGCCAGGCCCUUGAAUGUCCUGCCAUCUGAGGCAAGCGAGGAUGAUCCGUUUGCUGAUAUUCCUGACCUUACUGUUGACAUGACUAUGGAGAUGCAACGACUGAGGAUACAAACUAUACAGAAGGCCUUGAGCUCUCCUCAACCCCCUCGGGACCUUUCUACAUCGCCGGCGGGAAGUCCCCCUCGAAGUCCUGGGAGGCCCGCGAUGGCUGACUUUGUGGAGCAAUCAAGCCCUCAGCAGCCACGAGUAAACCCAAUGACAGCAAGAGGACCGACGCUGAUAACACCAGCCCAGUCGCCUUUCAAGAUGGGUGGUGCCUUGCGCCCCCAGGCUCACGAGGAUGUUGAACAUGAAGUUCGUUUUGACGAGGGACGAGAUGGCCCCGUUAGCUCCGGCAGGAGGCGCAACCUUACGAUUACUUUCUCGUCACCACUUGCCUCGAUCAUUCAGGAUGUGAUAGUGGACAGCUCUGGUGAGGAUCAAAGCCUGCAAGACCAGUCUGUAGGUGAUGUUUCUACGAAUUCGAUCGGCAGGGGCCGCCAUGGCGUUGCGGACUUUGCCACAGGUGCUGGAGGUAGCGGUCGCUCAGCUCUGGCUUCAAGAAGUCGAUCGCGUGGAUCGAUGAAGCACCCUUCAAUGCGCGGGAGUCAGAGGUUCAUGCCUCGGCCUGUGUCACGCAUCGAGGAGCGCGACGAAGAUGACGACUCGGAGGCCGAUUCACCUGAGCAGCACCCAGAAAAGACGCAAGAGCUGAGCAUCAUUCCAGAGGACAGUAUGGUCGCUCGCUCAAAUCAGCAAUCCCCAAGACAAACUAGCAUCAGCUUCGUUUUGCGCACUCCUGGUCGUGCUCCUAUGGGCCACACCAACGCAGCCACCGUUUUGAACGAGUAUGUGGGAAAUCUCUCUCUGACUGCGCUAUCCGACUUCACUGUACACAACCCGGAGCCAUCGGCAAUCCUCGAGGCCAGCUAUGUCGUUGGUGAUACGCGAUAUGUUACCGGACAUGGGGACAAGCCUGUGAUGUCGCAGAGCCUUCAGGAACUGGUUGCGCGCCUCACAGAGUUUGAGCCUUUUGAGCCCUAUUGGGAGGACCUGACGGAGCUUCAGCUGAAUGAUAAGAGGCUCGCCAGCUUGCACAAGCUCAACGAGUUUUGUGGCAAAGUUGUGCGACUGGAUGUGUCACACAACAACAUUAGCAGCCUCGCUGGAAUCCCGUCAACUGUCCGUUUCCUCAAGAUCGCCCAUAAUCAAUUGUCAGAUCUCACUCCCUGGGGAGGUCUGAUGAACAUUCAAUAUCUGGACGUUUCGAACAACGACAUCAAGACACUCUCGGGAUUGAAUCAACUUGUGCAUCUACGUGAUCUCAAGGCGGACAACUGCAACUUGACAAGCUUGGAAGGCCUCCAGUUCCACGAUGGUUUGCAGAUCCUUCGCGCUCGCAACAAUAAUAUUGAGUCGAUCGAUUUUGAGCAUUGCAACAUGGCUAGUCUUUUUGAGCUGGACUUGGCGGACAAUGACGUCAAGACAGUCUCCCACAUUGAAAAACUCAGCCGUCUUUCCAUCCUGAACCUGCAAAGAAACAGACUAGAGAAGUUCGAGGUCAUGAGUGGUAAGCCGUUCUCUUCGCUGAGACGACUAGAACUCGAUGGAAACAACCUUGUAUCUCUCGACAUAACGCUGUUGCCGCAGAUCAAGGUGAUUCAUGCCGACAAAAACAAGCUGCAAACUCUGAGUGGCUUCAACAAGGCCACUCGACUGGACAGUCUUUCGCUUCGCGAACAGAUGGGAAACAAGCCCUUGGACAUCAUGUCAUUUUUAGACAUUGCAUGCGAAGUGCGCAAGCUCUACCUGUCUGGCAACCGUCUUGAAAGAUUCAAUCCGCAGCUAGACUUCAUGAAUCUGCACUUGCUGGAGCUUGCCAACUGCGGACUUCGCUCGCUGCCCGAUAAUGCAGCUGAGCUGAUGCAGAACUUGCGUAAACUCAACCUCAACUUCAACGCGCUGACAAACGUGUCGUGUCUGGCCCAUAUCUCGAGGCUCAAGAAGCUAUCACUGGCAGGAAAUCGGCUAGAAAAUGCAAAGGAUGUCGUGCAGGUCGCCGAGAAGCUGCCAAACUUGACAGAUCUGGACCUACGUGAUAAUCCGUGCACCUUGGGACUCUACCCACCAUCUCAUGUGGUGAUUGGAGCAGCAGGGGAAUCGGAGGCAGCAAAUCCUUUUAUGCUGGCACCUGGUGACCCGGAGCGGGAUGCGGCGUACUGCAGACGGCUCGACACGGGGACUAGAAUGCACCGACGGCUGUACGAGAUUGUGUGGAUCUACAACGCCAAGAAGCUCAGGAUGCUCGACGGGUUGCCUCUGGACAGGAAUCUUGUGAACUUGAGGGAUGACAUCUGGAACAGUCUUCUUGCUUAUGACCUGGUUGUCGACCAGGAUCGUCCGAGGUCGAAAAAGGAUGUUGUCUCGAGGGGGACGAGUGAAGUCUACACCGCUCAGUCUCAGACCCGGGGCCGAAGUCAGGAGCGUAGGACCAGGAUCGUCAACACAACACACGGUGGCCGCCGCAAGUCCAAGACUGCAAAAACCGACGAGGCUCGAAGCAGCAGAACAACAACCAUCACCAGCUCGGUCAAAAGCGCGGCCAAGUCAUCACGUUCGAUACGCAAGGUGACAACCGUCCAUGUUCAGACUUUUACGGAUGAAGAAGUGGGACAAGACAACCGCUCUAAUACCGAGGAGCAAGAAGCAUGCCAAAGAGAGGCAACAAUGCAGUCGUCGCGAGGAGUUGUCAGGACACCCGCGCGGCACAACCUUACUUGGGGAGCAGAGGACACAUUUGCAUGAAUGAUUCAUCUUUGGUUUCUUCUCUGCUUGCAAGAGUUUUUGUUUUUUAUUGUUUUUACGAGCAUAGCCUGAAAAGGUUGGGUUGCUGUACGAUAUAUGGUAUUGGUACAAGGGGCCAGGGAUUAAUGGCGGAUAAUAGGCGGCCUAGAGUAUGAACAAGGAGUUACCUGGUUGAUGCAUAAACAGACAAUAUCUUGUACGAUAGGAGAUUAUGGGCUUGAAAAUGGCAUGGCAUGGCGUUAUCGAGAGAGAGGGGGAGAGAGAGAGCUUGAGACAGUGGCUGGUUGUUCCUUUUCUUCACGAUUAAUGAGGAUGCAUUUGUUCUUUUACCACAUAUAUAAAGCUACCGUAUUGUCGGUAUGUUCUAUAUUUUUCGAUGCACUGCAGGAUCGGUAGGCCAGGUUGCUAAACACGGUGGCCCAUUACAUUGUAUAUGUCUUGUUCAGUG